CGGAAGCGGUGUCACUCAUGGCCGCAGCGCUGAUCCUGUCUCGCGGCUGCAGGUCGCUGCUGCGUGGCGGCCUGCGGCCUCGCAGGUGGAAACCGGCCCCACUCCGCUUGAGUUUUCAACAGCUACAUUCUGAUCAGAAAAUGUCUGACCUUCCAAAACUUUUUCAGUACAUUGAUGAACACCAGGAUCUGUAUGUUGAGCGGCUGGCCCAAUGGGUUGCAAUCCAAAGUGUGUCGGCAUGGCCAGAGAAGAGGCAAGAAAUCAAACAAAUGAUGGAAGUUGCUGCCAAGGACAUUGAACGGCUGUGUGGCACAACUCAACUGAUAAAUAUUGGCACCCAAAAGCUCCCUGAUGGGUCAGAAAUUCCACUACCUCCAAUUAUUCUUGGCCAAAUCGGCUGUGAUCCAAAAAAGAAAACAGUUUGUGUGUAUGGGCAUUUGGAUGUACAACCUGCAGCCAUGGAAGAUGGCUGGGACAGUGAACCCUUCACCUUGGUAGAAAGAGAUGAAAAACUGUAUGGGAGAGGCUCAACAGACGACAAAGGUCCAGUCCUUGCCUGGCUGAAUGCUCUUGAAGCUUAUCAACAAACUAAACAGGAAUUACCAGUGAACAUCAAGUUCUGUCUGGAAGGCAUGGAGGAGUCUGGCUCUGAAGGCCUUGAUGAACUGAUUUUGUCUCAAAAAGAUGCUUUCUUCAAAGAUGUAGAUUAUGUUUGUAUCUCUGACAACUACUGGCUAGGCAAGAAGAAGCCCUGUAUCACAUAUGGCCUUAGGGGAAUCUGCUACUUUUUCAUAGAGGUGGAAUGCAGUGAUAAAGAUCUUCACUCUGGACUUUAUGGUGGCUCAGUAUAUGAGGCCAUGACAGAUCUCAUUGCUCUGAUGGGGUCCCUUCUCGAUAAGAGAGGGAAAAUCCUUAUCCCUGGCAUUGAUGAAGCCGUGGCGCCUGUUACCGAUGAGGAGCUAGAAUUGUAUGAUAAGAUUGACUUCGAUGUGGAGGAAUAUAGAAAAGAUGUGGGAGCAACAAAACUACUCUAUAGCACAAAAAAAGAUAUCCUGAUGCACAGGUGGAGAUACCCAUCCUUAUCUCUCCAUGGCAUCGAAGGAGCCUUCUCUGCAUCAGGAGCCAAGACUGUGAUUCCAAGGAAAGUCAUUGGCAAAUUCUCCAUCAGGCUAGUGCCAAACAUGACUCCAGAAGAGGUCAACAAACAGGUUCACGAUUAUCUGACUAAGAAGUUUGCUGAGCUGCAGAGUCCCAAUAAGUUCAAAGUGCACCUAGGCCAUGGUGGAAAACCUUGGGUGUCAGACUUCAAUCAUCCCCACUACAUGGCUGGCAGAAGAGCAGUGAAGACAGUUUUUGGAGUUGAUCCAGACUUGACAAGAGAGGGAGGAAGCAUUCCUGUCACUCUGACCUUCCAGGAGGCAACAGGCAAAAAUGUAAUGCUGCUUCCUGUUGGUGCUUCAGAUGAUGGUGCCCAUUCUCAGAAUGAAAAACUGAACAGGUAUAAUUACAUCCAGGGAGUGAAGGUGCUGGGUGCAUACCUACAUGAAGUCUCUCAACUAAGAGACUGACCAAAGGAGGUGAGAAUUCCAAACCUGAAAUCAUGUACAGGUUCAGAGUUCUAGAAAUCCUGCUGGAUAUCUACAGCUUCACCUUAUUUUUGUUGUUGUUGUCCCCUCCCCUAUUUUUCAUCCACCCACUUGAACUCCUGCAAGGGAAAAGCACCAGUCCCCAACUUUAGAAAUCCUGGAACAGAUAAUACCAAAAUACUGCCUCCAGUACUCAGUCCAUUUCAUCUCUCCAGCUACGGGUGUAAAGAAACUUUUUCUAAGCAAGGUCUCAAAUCUGACAAGUGGUUCUGAAUCACUUGACACUGGCUCUUUUUGGUUCUUUGACUCAAGCCUACACCUUGCCAUAUGCCCUCUUACCCUGGCUGGUUUGUUUAAAACAGAAAUGAUAGCAAACCACCGUCUCCUCCAACUUCAUUAAAACUAAAGAACUCUCCAUGUUGACCAUUGGCAGUAGCUGAGAAAGGUUUAUCUAGACUCCAUGAUAAAUCCUGAAAGCACUUGGCCACUGAUUUCCAAGAGUACAUCUGAACUCUUGCAAGGGGGCCAUCUCUGCUGCCUUGCUGACUAGGAUGGGGUGGAACUGCUAACUUGUUAUAUGUAACUCUUGCUGUUUGUUUGCAUAAAAGUUUGCAGAUCAAUCUGAUUAUAAAACAUGUAAUGAAAUGGGCAUUUUUCUAAAACUGGCUUUAUACUUGUGUAAAUGCAUCUAAAUUAAAAAACAAUGGUUGCUGUA